UGGGGAAACAAGAGCAACAUCUUUGAACAAGAACCAUCGCCUGCAGUAGACGAAGCAUGGAACGAGAUCUCAAGCGCCAAAUACAUGUUGGUAUCAAAGAAAGAUCUCAUCAAGAUGCACGGAACGCUAGAUACAGCAGUGGAAUGGCCCGACAAUCCUGGCGAGUAUUUCGUAGAAUUCCAUUCCUACCAUCUUCUGCACUGCCUCGACGUCUUGCGAAGAAACUCCUAUCACAAUUUUCCACACUACUACAAGCCCGAACUCCUUAAUCCCAUCCAUUGGAUCCAUUGGACUCAUUGUCUGGAGAUGAUACGCCAAGAGCUAAUAUGCAUGCCAUCCAUGCACCUCAGUCGCAUGGUAUGGCAACAAGCCCACCGUGAACCGACACCAGAAUUCCGCACCCAUCGAAUGUGCAUGCGGUGGGAAGAUUACCAUUCAAUGGCCAAAGAGAGAGAGAUGCCGAAAGCG